AUGAUCCUCUGCAGAGCAUUCCCUUCCGGAUCUCUGUUUUGUUGGAAAGGUUCAUUCAAGUCCUCGGCAGAUGCACAGCUGUGGAUACCCAAAGGGCAUUUACAUAGGAAACCUCUCUGUUUACUUCACUGUCCCUUUAAGGGAUUAGAUGCAGAAAUAAUGUCUAAAACUCAGACAGGUAGGUUAAUUUUGCUCACCCAUCCUCCCCCCCCCCCCAGAUUUAAGCCGGCAGGAGAUAUUUAUUAUCCUCUAAUGAUCCUGCAAUACAUUGCAAAAACAUUGGUUGGCCUCCCUCCUUGCAUGUAAAGGGUUAAGAUCUAUCAAUGCAAAAAGGGCGAGCUAAUUGAUUUGUACAUUUGGAAAUGUCCAUGGACUUUUAGCCACUUCCCAUGGGCCCGUUUUUAGGUUAUAGCCCGAGUAAGAUUAGAUAAUUUAGUUGUUUUUGCAAUGAAGGCAGUAAUUCUAAAUAAUUCUAUAUUUAAAGGGACACUCCGGGGUGGAUUUGCCACAUAAUUUGUAUUCAUAUAGAACCGUAUUCAUAUAUAUGCUUUAAAAAACAAACACAAUAAAACCUCUGAAUGUUUCUCUUUUACAGGUUUUUCCACGUUUCAGAUUAUACUACAUAGCUUUUUUUUUUGAGCUGGCUGAGUGUUUUCAUGCAGCCCCUGUUCUCCUUUAGCUUGCUGUGGAAGUAUGUGUGUGACAUCAUAGCUUGUGCACACCUAUGACGUCACACAUGUACUUGCUCACUUAAUUCACAGUUUAUUUCAAUGACUCACAAAGUGCAAUGCAGCAGUGAGUGGCAUCUCAUCAGCGCCAGAUUAAGUGCCUGUAGGUUGGUGCUGACAAUUAUGAAAGGUCGACUUACAGAAUCUAAUAGAGAUACAAUGCUAAAACAAACAGCCAUGCCUCCCAAAUGUCUUGUAUCUGGUGGAGAUUGUGCCAGAGAGACACUUGCAGGAUGCAUUUCAGGCCUACGCAUACCCUAUGUCAUUGGUAGGCAACCUUCGGCACUCCAGAUGUUCUGGACUACAUCCCCCUUAAUGCUCUUACACCCAUAAUGCUGGCAAAGCAUCAUGGGAGGUGUAUUACAAAACAUCUGGAGUGCCGAAGGUUGCCUAUGCCUGCCCUAUGUAACUCUCUCUUCCAUAUCUUGACCAGGUCUAUCUGUUAAUCUUACAAAUACAAAGCUUUUGUCUCCUCUCACUAAUCAUAAAUGCUGGAAUUUUAUCUCUUUAGGACUCACUUGUCCACGAUUCUCUCCCCCUUCUUACUAGCAGGCAGACUCUUGCACUGGUAUGCAGGCUGGGAUGGAGAAGUAGGUGGAUGUAGUGAGUAUAACAGAAAAUUGGGCAUGCCACAUGAUGACAGGACAACGCUGGGCUGUUCGAGAGCUAGACAUAGCAGUGCGCAAAGCCAGGUUUACGUUAAUUGUUUUUUGAUCAUUGUCCUAUUCUAUGGCAUGGACUUGGAGCUUCAGCUCCACUAACCCCUAUAUUAAGUUGGCCCUGCAUUACAUUCAUUGGAAAAAUGAAUUUGUGCAAAUGGAGAAAGUGAAUGGAAUUGUCAAGUGGUUUAGUUAUCUUUGUAUUGUGAAUUGCAAUGAUAGAAAGACACAAUAACUUUAAGAAUAAUUGAAACAUUUUUACUUUAGAAGCACUUGAAUACAUUGAUCCAUAAGAGCCCAUAAAAUGGACUAAAUUAUACAGUGUGUGGGUGCAGAAUGUUUAAAUGUAACCAACAAAAACAAGGUAAUUGUAAUUUGUACUUGGAAUACAUUGAUUGUGGAUUCUUACUUUCAAAACUAUGAAGCAGAGGUCAGUAAUGAGCCAAGAGUCAGAGGUUUAUCGAACAGGUUACGAAGGGUAUACUGGAGCUAUGGCUGAAACAAAACAGUGCAAUAGAGUGGUCAUGGUGCUUGGGGUCUGUAGUGAAGAAUUUCGCUAUGAAAAGCUGUGUAUGUAGAGUAUGACCCAUUUGCUGCUGGAGGUGUAACUCCACAUCUAGCAGUGUCAUAGGGGAGUCAUUAGUAAGCCUGGAACAAGUGUAACCCUUUAACACCCUAUAUCUGUUCACUGAUUAACUGGGAACCUGGGUUUCUUUUUGGAUAAUGCCAGGCUAGAAUUUACAUUGUUGCACGGCUUAACUUUCAGGACUACGUAUCCAGGAUAUAUUCUAAACAAGAGAUAUAGAAAACAUAGAAUGUGGUGGCAGAUAAAAACCAUUCGGCCCAUCUAGUCUGCCCAAUUUUCUAAAUACUUUCAUUAGUCCCUGGCCUUAUCUUAAGUCUAGGAUAGCCUUAGCCUAUCCCACGCAUGCUUAAACUCCUUCACUGUGUUAACCUCUACCACUUCAGCUGGAAGGCUAUUCCAUGCAUCCACUACCCUCUCAGUAAAGUAAUACUUCCUGAUAUUAUUUUUAAACCUUUGCCCCUCUAAUUUAAGACUAUGUUCUCUUGCUGUGGUAGUUUUUCUUCUUUUAAAUAUGGUCUCCUCCUUUACUGUGUUGAUUCCCUUUAUGUAUUUAAAUGUUUCAAUAAUAUCGCCCCGUCUCGUCUUUCAUCCAAGCUAUACAUGUUAAGAUCCUUUAACCUUAACUGGUAAGUUUAACCCUGUAAUCCAUGAACCAGUUUAGUAGCCCUUCUCUGAACUCUCUCUAAAGUAUCAAUAUCCUUCUGAAGAUACGGUCUCCAGUACUGUGUACAAUACUCCAAGUGAGGUCUCACCAGUGUUCUGUACAAUGGCAUGAGCACUUCCCUCUUUCUACUGCUAAUGCCUCUCCCUCAAUAUGUUUAAAUACAUUUUCCUGGUAAACAUAUAAAUAAAUGUUUCAUUGACUGCCCAGCCAGCUAACAGUAAUGUAUUUAGUUUUUUUGUUGUCCUGGGUCAAGCCAAAUCUAGACAGUAGGACAAAUAGACCCUCCCAUUAUAAAAAGAUAGAUAGAUAGAUAGAUAGAUAAAUAUGGCCUUAUUGUGUUACUGAAUCCCCAUAUUUGUUUGUCAAAGUAUAUGAAUUUAAGUAGCCUUGAUAGUAAAAUAUUAAGCAAUUUUUUGUGUGUGCGCAGUGUCUUAAUCUGUAUUUUGUAUAUAUGUUGGUCUUUAUAGCAGCACCACUGCUUAGAAAUAAAUGUUUUGGGUGUUCCCCUUUAUUUACCUUUUUUUUGAGUAGCAGAUAAGCACACAGUUAAUUUCCAUCACACACACAGGCAGCCUGCUCACAAAUGCAAUACUCAUGUAAUGUGAGUGUAUGCAAAUUAUGAGGUCAAAGCAUGGUGUCCACAUCGAAGAAAUGUUUUCAGCAUGCAAGAUAGUUUUUAGUUUUGAACAUCUAGUUUUGUGAGAAGCUUUGCAAAUGACUACUAUUCACAUGACUAUGUUCUCUACUUUUUUCAGUUUAAGGUUUACUCCAAGCAACACGGCCACUUAAGUUAUUUGAAGUGGUCAUGGUGCCUGGAGUGUGUAUAUGCAGUGAAGCAUUUCACUAUGAAACCCUGCACAUACAUAGAGUAAUCCCUCUGGUGCAAGAAGUAAUGACACUGAUGUGUUAUCAGCCAGCCCAGAACUAGAGUUCCAAUGUCUAAUGUCAAUUCUAUACAUAUUCUUAUGCGCAAAAUGACAAUCAUUGGCUGAGAGUGGUCAGCUGACGCUCUCAGCAAAUAAAUGGAAAGCAGGAUCGGCAUCUAGCUCUACAGAAGCACAUCACAGCCAGUCUUAAAGUGGGCCAGGUGCCCAGCAGGACCAGGUAAGAGGGCAAAUUGUUGCAAACAUUACUGGGAGAUGGGGCCAUGCAACUUCUGGCAUCAUAACCACUACAGCAUGUUUGGAGUAGUUCUUUAAUUUAAAUAUGUGUGCUUCAAUCACAAAUCCAUAGUAGAAUGCGGUGUUUAAAUGCCAUUAAUGCCUAUUUUUUCAACUCUUCUUAUUUCAGAAAUGAAUACCAUUGCCCGUUCUCAGACUUUUAAGAAAAGAAGAGACUCUACUUUGGCAGAAAAAGUUAAAAUUCUGGAACUCUUACAGCAACCCAAAGCUUCUCAGUCUUCUGUGGCUAGGAACAUGGGUCUGUCACAGUCAACAAUCAGUCGAGUGAUGAAAAAGAGGGAUGAGAUCUUGGAACGCUGGAAGCAUAACGAAAACCCAAGUCGCAAAAGGAAUAGACCUUUCAAACAUGCCAAGGUAGAUGAGGCAUUGCUGGAGUGGCUUCUUUUUGCCAAGGCAAAUAAGCUGCCCAUUUCUGGGCCUAUCCUCAUGAGACGGGCAGAGGCUAUUGCUCAGGAGAUAGGAUGUCCACAAUUUAAAGCCUCCAAUGGGUGGUUGUGGAGGUGGAAAGAGAGGUAUCGACUCUUUUACAGGACAGAAGUACUUCCUGCUGAGAAGAAACAUACUGACAUUGUGCAAGGUCAAGGCAUCAAAAUGUUUCCAGAUGUCACCCAAAUGGUAACAAUGCAACUUAACAGGGUAUCAGCAAAGAGAUUUGAUGGCUACCCAUUAAACAGAGGUGAACUAGUUAGUGGAGAAAGGAACUCGGCUCACAUGCAUUUAGACCAGGGCGCAGAGUCUUCUGAAGGAUAUACGCAAGGAAGAUGUUUGCUUGCGCAUGUUGCAAAAGACUAUUGCUCUGAUGACAUAUUUUGUGCAGUAGCCUCUUCCUUUCACUUUAGAAUUCCAAGAAGUCAAGGAGACAUCACUGAGAAGCAGAAGGAGAUAGUUAGUAUUUGGUUCUGUUGUAAUAUAAAUGGGACAGAGAAGCUGAAGCUAUUGGUCACUCAUAACCUCCCACCAAAAUCUCUAGGCACCCACUCCAUAUCUCCUGUGUCGUUGAAAACUAGUGCAAAUGGGUGUUUGACCGAGAAUCUAUUUGCAGAGUGGCUUUUGAGCUGGGAUUCAAAACUUAGCAGGCAAGAAAGAAAAGUUCUCCUUGCGUUUAAUGCCAACAGCUGUGUGCCAAAAAUUAAACUCCGAAAUAUAUCUUUAUGUAUUUUCUCCAAGGACAAUAUAUCCUCAAACUAUCUUUUUGGCCAAGAUCUGAUAGAUGAAUUCAAUGCUUUCUACCGACAGCUGCUCAUUGAAAGACUUGAGGAAGAUGCAAAUUUAAGCAGAGAAACUGAUCUACCCCAACUUAUAUCUCAUAUGACACUUGUAGAAGCUAGUUAUACCAUGAACAAGGCAUGGGUGAGAGUGACAGCACGCACCAUAAAAAACUGUUUCCAAAAACCAGGAGGCUUUAAAAAUGUUUGCCUUGCAAAACAUGCUUCAAUUGAUGAAGAUGCUUCAUUCUCCACGAUGCCGCAUGAGAGUAGAAAUGGCCACACUUUGGGACAAUUCCCUGCCAGUGUUGGAACAUAUAGAAAAAUUACUAUCAAAGAAGAGAGUGAUGUUGAACAAGAAGGGUUUGGAUGUGAGACCAUAAGUGAGAAUCCAUUUAGCCCUAUCCAGAAAGUGACAGUCGGAUUCUUGUCUGGGGAGACAAGUACUGAUAAGUUAUUUGCUGAGUACUCAGGGGACCAGUCUGGAAUAGACGUCUCUCAUUCAUAUCCGAAAUCUUUGAAUGGUAAUAGAAUUUCUGCAGUUGCAAUUAAAUCUGAAGAUCCAGGACAUCAAAUCCAUGUGCAUGAACUCAGAGAGGCUUGCAGUGUGAUCCACAGAUACUUGUCUGCUGAAGGCCAAGACAUGAGUAUUUUUUGUGCACUUCAGAAUCAACUGCAAAGAUGCUUGUCUCGUCAACACAGAGAGAAAUACUAAAAUUAGGUUUUGAUAAAACCAAACGUAACCAGAGACCUUGUGAAUGGUAUUUACAACUGUUAAGUAAACCUGUCACCUGAAAUCACCUUUAAAUUAUAUAGUAAACAAAUACAAAAAAAACAGGGCAAAAGCUAUUAAAAUAUUUGUCAUAGUUAAUAUAAUCCUUAUUUUUAUAAUGCCAUAUAAAUUUGUGCAUCUAUGUAUAUGGACCAAUAUAUAGGCACUUUUGAGCCUACACCACUGAAUAAAAAGUACAUUAAAUUGAUUUAGCAAUAUACAAAAAAAUGUAGGGAAAUUAUUCCUAAUUUGUACUGGUAAGAAACGAGAGCCUAUUUAGUAUUAGAGCUAUAUGCAGAAAUCAUUCCGGUGGGUGACAAAGCUAUUACAUGUCUAGUCACUAUCCAUCGUACGCACCAUUUAAAUCAAGAAAAGGGCCGUUUUGAGAAGGGCAAUUUGCCCCAUUAUGCCUUAUGCUGCAGAUCCAAUGUUUGAGGCAACUACUCCUCCCUAAAUAACAUAUUAAUUGAUACACUCUGGAUUUUAGGUGACAGGGGCACAUUAUUGCAAUAAUACCAAAAUGUAAUUCCUUUCCUAUGAAACCUCUUUGGAAAUCAAAUUUUGGAGUUUGGAGAUCUGUCAGCCUGAUAGUCAUAAUACUCCUUAAAUGUAAUUCCAAAAACUAAAAACUGGCAGAUAUUCAUGGACCCAAUGCAAGGAUUUUUAUUAAGGCUAAUCCUUUCAUGGACCUCAAGCUUACUGCAAACUCAUCCAAGGUAGUUUUACCUCAAUGGCAGAAGUGUUUGGCUGUAUAAGAAUGUGUCUGUUACAUAUGUAUUAUUUCAAAGAACAAGGGGACAGGACUAUGUAUAAUGCUUGUUUACUUAUUAAAUGAUAAAACCCC